CAUUUGUGUUGUGACUAUGUAGAAAAGCCGUUGUCCAGAGAACCUGUGUAAAGGGCUUCAUCAUGGCGGUGCCCAUUCUUUCGAGCCAUCUGCCGCAACAUCCAUGUUCGACAAGGAAGGCAUAUUUAAAACGUGGAGUAGUAUCUAGACGAAUUGCGGUUGCUCGCGCGGAGAACAAGGCUUCGGAAGCGGUGGUAUUAGUUGGUGACAUUGGCGGAACAAAUGCGCGCCUGUCGGCGUGGCGGACAGUUCUCGGCAGCACUGCGGCGACUCAACUUUUUGCAAAGGUGUAUCCUACGUCGGAGUACUCCACCUUCGACGCGGUCGUCGAUGCCUUCCUGUCGGAGCCGUCAGUGGGGCAAAGCCCGCCUCAAGCAGCAGCUCUCGCGAUUGCAGGCGCCGUCAACGACAACCGUUGUAACAUGACAAACGUAAACUGGAUUGUGGAUGGGGACCAACUGCAGGCGAAGCACGGCUUCCGAUCCCCCAUACGUGGCUCACCAUUUGUCUCAGCCCCACCUCGGACAACGAUCGAGCUCUCCGACCUGUCGCAACGCAUUCAUGCUGGCAUAAUCCUUUGUGUUGCCCCCAAGUUGCACGUGCGCAUCUCCGUAUGCAACUGUGUGGUCCAGGAAGCGCCAGGCGGUGAUGAAGAGGAGGUGGCACUCCUCAAUGACUUCGAAGCUGUGGGGUAUGGUAUUCCCGCCCUGGAGCCGAAGGACAUGGUGGCCCUAAACGAGACGCCCGUGGCCCCCUGGGGCCCCAAGGUGGUCAUGGGUCCGGGCACGGGACUGGGCGCCGCUCAGCUCAUGUGGGACAGCGGCAUCCAGGCGUACAAGGUGUGGCCCGGUGAGGGCUCCCACGCAACCUUCGCUCCACGCGGCUGGAAGCAGGAGGCUCUAUCGCGCUAUGUCACCAACAUGCACGGCCACUGCGAGAUAGAGCAGGUGGCUUGCGGGAGAGGUCUUGAGCUGAUCUACGAGUUCCUCCUAACGGAUGAGGCCGCGAACCGACCAGAACUGCUGGCUGGCACGAAACUCAAGAAUAAGAAGAAGGCUGCAGAGAUCAGCGCUGCCGCGUUGGAAGGCAGCGAUCCCAUCGCCGUGGAGGCGGUGGAUAUGAUGUUUGCCAUUGUGGGUGCGGAGGCUGGGGCAAUGGCGCUGCGCUGCCUGGCCAAAGGCGGUGUCUACAUCGCGGGCGGUAUCACACCUAAGCUUCUGCCGCGAGUGAAAGCGGGUGCCCUGCUGGAGGGCUUCCUCAUGCGCAAGGGCCGCGCGCCCUUCCACAAGAUCCUGAUUGAGAUACCGUUGUUCGUUAUAACCAACGAACAAGUCGGUCAGAUCGGGGCGCGCGAGGUGGCAAAGAGGCUACUUGCCGGAAAAUAGUCGGUGAUCGAAUGGCAGCACUUGCGCCGUGCCGCCGGUCAAUUGCGCGCGGGGAGCUGGACUGCACGGUAUAAACAAGGCGGAAGGAAAGCGCCUCUUGUUGAUGGCAUGGCAAUAAACCUGCGUCUGGAUGAACUGCCAUGCGCACCUGAUUCCGGCGAGCGUGUAGACAAAAAGCUAGCUAGGCAACAACGUAGGCUGAAGCUAUCCGAGGGUAGUGCGGUGGUUGCGGGAUAGCUCGUGGCAGCGUCGCCACCAGCAAAAACUGCGAUUGUGGUCUAUUGACGUGGUCUGCUGUGUUUGGACGUUUGCGGUAAAUGCCGUUCCUUUCCCACAUGCGUGCAACUGUGUUGCCUGGUGUCUUGUGCUGACAAGCUCUCCCGGCCGUGGCACUUCUGAAAGAUUCUGGUCGCCG